GAGAGAAAGAGAGAGAGAGGGGGGGAAACAGCUAUCGUUUGCCCAGACUUGUGGAGAGACAAGAGUGAGAGAGUAAGUGAAAGAAAGAGAGGGAGGUAGAGAGAGAAUUAGAGAGAGAGUGACUGACAGCAGGGGUGAGGAGCAGAUGAGAGGAGAGUUCACAAACUAUUGCAAAGCGUUGGAACAACCACCAGACCUCCAGUUCAAAGCCAGACACCCCUGGAGCUGCUCGGAGAGAGCCCCUGGGGGCUAAAUGGACCAGUGCAUUGUGAGCUGAACACUGAUGCUGCACUGUGGACACUGUCAGACUGUUGUGAGAAGGAGCCAACAGCUAAACUGGCAUCAACAACCAGAGUUGGCAUGUCAGGACAGCAGCAGUGGACGCUUCUGGCCGUCAUGGCCCUCUUGGUCCUCACAGUGACAGCAGGCGAGGGGGGGAUAGCUGAGAAACAAGGGAAGAAGGAUCGUAAGUCGGACUGUGGGGAGUGGCAGUGGAGUGUGUGCGUGGCCAACGAGGGUGACUGCGGCCUGGGCACCAGGGAGGGCACACGCACUGGCACCGACUGCAAGCAGACCAUCAAGACCCAGCGCUGCAAGAUCCCCUGUAACUGGAAGAAGCAGUUUGGAGGUGAAUGCAAGUUUGACUUCCAGGCCUGGGGAGAGUGUGACUUGGUGACAGGGAAGAAGAACCGGACUGGGGUGCUGAAACGCGCUCUCAUGGAUGCCACCUGUCCUAACACAGUGAGCGCCACCAAGCCCUGCGGCAAGAUCCCCAAGACCAAGCUGCAAGAUGCCAAGAAGCCGAAGCGGGAUGGGAAGAAGAGGGAGCGCACUACGAUGGACUAGAGGUGCAUCAUGGGAAUCAGGAAAUGGAAGUUGAUGCUUAUACUGCCCUAUCUCAGCAUGGUUCCUAUUUGUUUGUCCUGUAGGUUUAUAGGGGCCUGUAGCAGCUACACAACAAAGAGUUGGAUAGUAGUGAUAAAAUGUAUUUCUUUCCUAAUUUCUCAUAGGAAAAUAUUGUAGGCGAUUUCAUACUUUGCGUGAAUAAUACAAAUUAAGCAUUUCUUACUAAAAUGCUUACCUUAACAUUUUUCAGGGUCAUUUUUGGAAAGUCUAAAUAAAAUUGGAUUUUUGUUCAUAUUACAUAACAUCCUUUUUGUUUGAGGUGACAAAACGAUUCUCACUCAAAUAAAAAAUAAUUUCUUGCAUGUCUUAAUUUAAAGCAGCUUAAAGUUAAAACCUCAUGCCUUUACUGGGGUUUUAAAGGUUAUUUUGCUGGUGCCCUCAACAGCAAAAUUGCUAACAACUUUUCUAACAGUUUUUGAGGGCAUACAUUAAUAAGACACAUAAGUACUCAUUGAUGUAAAGGAAAUUACUUUUCUAAUGUUAUCUACAGUGAAAGAUGUAAACUUUUGUCAGAUGACUGUAUAAAUUAGCUAAUGUUCUGUACAGCUGUUGGUGUGUAAGAGCUUGUGUCCAGUAUUAGUUCUGGUUCUCCUGCUAUUAUACCUCACUUUGUAGUUCCCCCGCUCUCCAGUUGAACUCUGAGUAAAACUGUUAUUGUAGUUUACAACUGGAGUUGACCUGUCCUAAUUAUCGAUUACAUUAAAAAAUAAAGUUUGAAAUGAUGUCCAAA